CAGAGCCCCAGUCAGAGUCGGACGUCUACAGAAGCAGAGGCAGCACACCACAGCCACCACUGUUGCCCACUGGGGCCAGGUGAAAGAACCCUCCUGCUUUGAAGACCUAUUCUCUAUCACCCUGGGGCCUCUACUCAACCUCCACCCCAGGGAUGGAGGCACUUGUGGGUGUAAAAAUUGGCUGCCUGCUAGCCCUGCUGGCUCUCACUCUGUUCUGUGGCAUUAUUCCUAUCUGCUUCAAAUGGUUCCGGAUCCAUGCAGCCACAGGGAAGCACCGCCGGGUCCUCAGCCUCCUGGGUUGUGUAUCCGCAGGAGUGUUUUUAGGAGCAGGGCUUAUGCACAUGACAGCCGAAGCCCUGGAGGGCAUUGAUUCAGAGAUCCAGAGCUACAUCCUACAGAACAGGACGGGAAGUGAGGGAAAUUCUUCUGACACCACUGAUUCAACUGAUGUUGAUUAUCCAUUUGGGGAGCUCAUCAUCUCCCUAGGCUUCUUCUUGGUCUUCCUCUUGGAGUCACUGGCACUGCAGUGGUGCCCUAGUGGUACCAGGGGGUCAAAAACACAUGAGGAGGAAUGGGGUGGGGCCCAUGGAGCCCAUUCCUUGAGUCUGCACAGUCAUGGGCCCCUGCCCUCACCCUCCCAGGGGCCCUUUAGGGCUCUGGUUCUCUUGCUUUCGCUGUCCUUUCACUCCGUGUUUGAGGGGCUGGCUGUGGGGCUGCAGUCUUCAGUACCAGCUGUGCUGCAGCUUUGCUUGGCUGUCUUGGCACACAAGGGAUUAGUGGUGUUUGGAGUGGGACUUCGACUGGUGCAGACGGGCACAGGGCCGAGAUGGGCCCUGAUCUCCAUCCUGGCAUUGGCCCUCAUGUCCCCCCUUGGCCUGGCUUUGGGGAUGGCUGUGGCUGGGGGAGAGGGUGAGGGGGGAAGGGCCUUAGCCCAGGCUGUGUUAGAAGGUGUGGCAGCUGGCACUUUCCUCUAUGUGACCUUCUUAGAAAUUCUUCCCCGGGAACUGGCUGCCCCUGAAUCCCCUCUCGCCAAAUGGGCUUGUGUGGCUGCUGGGUUUACCUUCAUGGCCAUAAUUGCCAUCUGGGCAUGAGUUGUCUCCUACUCUAAGGGAUCAUCCAGGUAACUAGCCUGAGUGAACAUCCCCCACUCCGAGCUGGCCCUGGUCCUGGGACAUUCUUCCUGAGUCUCACUGGCAUGCAUCCAGAACCAUCUUCACAACUGGAUUCCAAACUUCCUUUUCAGGGUCUUUGCUUGGGUCACCCAGCUCUGAGAUAGGAAAGCGCUUGGAGGGGUGGGGGGGUGGAGGGGGCAGCAGAGAAAGGGAGCACGGGAGAAUUAAUGGAGCCUCUCUACCUAUUGCCCCACACUUGGAUACCAGCACCACCCGCGGUAAUGUGUGUAAAUAAAUGUCAGUCCUCCCACCUC